GUCCAGUCCCCUGUCUGGAUCACAUCCACGUACAUGGGGGCUGACUUCUCAGCUUUUCCCACAGUGUGAGCGGUGUAGGAAAGGCAGAAAGCUACUUUACAUCUUUCCCUUUGUUGCUUUGGAUCUGUAUUGUCAAUUUGGUGGAGGUCAGACAUAGUGGGGCUAGCAAGCCAUCCCUUUUGCUUGUUGUGAUUGAAUACCUGCCUUUCGGAACAUGCUGGGGAAGGAUUAUAUGCUGGCAAUUAUUAUCGUAAAUUACGACGAUAACCUUUGGAACGACCAGGCUUUGGAAGCUGAUCCUGACCUCCCACCAGGAUGGAGGACAAUUCGAGAUACAUCCGGCACCUAUUAUUGGCAUGUUCCGACAGGAACCACUCAGUGGCAACACCCGAAGUACAAUGGAAGCCUACCUCAUAGCUUGAGUACCACUGAAGAAAAGCAAAUACUUUCUGCACGGAAAAUCCAUCAAGCUUCAGUCAGUGAUGCGCCCCCACAAAGGUCCCUUUCUCAUACAUCGACUGUGGCAGAGAGAAGGCAUUCACUUCCUUGGCAUGACGAGGACUUAUUUCACAAUAUUAACGAACCAGGCUCUAAGAGCUUUGCAGUUCAUUGUCUUGGUUGGGUAGAAAUCCCCGAGGAGGACCUUGCACCAGGAAAGAGCAGCAUUACAGUUAACAAUUGUAUCCAGCAGCUUUCUCAUAUCAAAUGUGAUGGAACAGAUAUAACUGGAUCAUCUAGUGAGGGCCAAAAUAUGGUGAUGGUUUUAAAAGAUGAUACCAUGACAUUGAUGGAUCCACUAGAUCACAGUUUGAUACACUCUCAGCCAAUAAUAAACAUUCGUGUGUGGGGUGUUGGCUGCAAUAAUGGCAGGGACAGGGAUUUUGCUUUCAUAGCCAACGACAAAGAUACCUGCAUGCUGAAGUGCCAUGUUUUCAGAUGUGAUGUCCCCGCAAAGGCCAUUGCCAGCGCUCUGCAUGAUUUGUGUUCCAAGAUUAUGGCAGAAAAGGCAGUGGUUAACAAUACCAUCACUCGCUCUGUUACCCUGGAGACAAUCUCACAAGAAGAUUUACCACUGCAAGUUGAAAUUCUGGAUGCUGUGCAGCAGUCCAUUCAGAAGUAUGAAGUCCUUUAUCUUGGCAGCCUGCCCGUCUCAAAACCAAUGGGAAUGGAUGUUCUGAAUGAUACCAUUGAAAGCCUAAGAAGCACCACACUCAGGGAACAGUGGAAGUCUGCAUUGCUUUCUGUGACUGAUACACUCAUUACUGUGAGCCAGACAGAGGGUGAAGAAGAGCAUCUGCUCUGGCAAAGCCAGGUUCGCUAUGUGACAUUCAUUGGCGUUGGGAAGGAUCCUCACACAUUUGCAAUCAUUGUAGAUGUAGGCAAACAAAGCUUUAAGAGCAUUGUAUUUUGGUGUGAACCGGACGCUGGGAGUGUCUCUGAGGCUGUGCAGGCAGCAUGCAUGGUCCAGUAUCAAAAAUGUGUGGUGGCUUCAACAUCCCGCACAGCAAAACCAAAAUCAGGCUCCCACUCCAAGUCUUUCCUGAGGAUAAAAAGGACGGCGUCUGUGGACUCACCCAUUUCCCCCUUUACAGCUACAGGCCACACUCUCCAGAAAAAUGCAGGAAUGAGUAAAAGAAGAGGCGUUAUGGCUUUCUUUGAAGCAUUUAAACAAAAAACUGCCAUGCACACUCCAUAAACAACAAUUCCUUCCCGCCACUGACUUGUUUAGCCCCUUUUGCUGAUAAUAUUGCAUUUUUUAACCUUUGUUUAAGGUUAAGGUUAAUGUUUAAUGCAUCUAACCACUUUUAGAAUGUUAUUUACUAAAACUUAAGAUUGAUUUCCUAUUUCUGUUUGAUAAAAAUAAACAGACGUGUCAGUCUAAAUGCUAGGAUGGCCAUGAAAUUAAACUAGGUGCAGCUGUUCCGGGUCGAAACGUACUUGCCCCCCCGAGUCAACUACCUCUUAUCCCAAGGUGAGAAACAGCCCAUAGCCUAAAAGUAAAAACACAGGCUGUUGUUUAUAUUUCCCGGGAGGGGAGGAGUUUAUAUUAUCUAUAUGAAAGCAUUCAGAAAGCAAUUAGUUCUAUAUUAUAUUCAGAGAAUGUAUAAUUAACAACAUAUCUAAAUAUUUAUUUCAUGUCAGUUACCUUUUACAAUACUGUCUGGAGCAAUAAAUAAUAAUAAACAAUAAUAAUAACAAAAAUAUGCUGCUGUCUGGCUGCCGGAGGGACACUCACCCUGGCAACCACAUGGCAUUUAAGUUUUAUUUUGCAGAGAAGCAGAACAGAAAUCCAAAUAUUCAAAGGGGAAAUUUUUAUUUCAUUUUGACAUACAAAUUAGCAGUUUAGAGAUGGGAGGCCCCAAAUAAAAUCCAUAAUCCGAAGGAAAUGUAAUGCCUGUUACUAAAGCCCAUCAGCAUCCUGCUCUGAAAGAACUAGACAUGGAUUUGGCCAAAUCUUAGAAAUUUUAGAUGAAUUCUGGAUUUGGUGCCUGUAAUAAACAACUAACGUGUAUUUUCUGCCAUGCACUGAUCUCUUUAUAUGUUUUAAUAUAGGGUAUUGUGUUGUUGGAGGGCAUCACUGCACAGAACGACGACGGCACUUGUUCAGCACGUUCUUACUGAUUUGAUUUGAGUGAUGUGCUUUAGUGCCGACCUGCAUUGUAAAAUAUGCUUUAACUGUAAAUACUCAGCAGCACUUGUUUGAAAUAGGCUUUGUUCUUAUUAAAGGAUACUGCAAA